GGGACAGAUCCCUUCUUUUUCGCCGUCAUACGCCCUUGUCAUGAACCUCAUCUUCACCCCCAAUCACGUGCAGCUCCUCAACUCGUGCUACCCUCCUGCUUCUUCGCUCUUGACGGCCGGUCCAGACUACUCCCCAAAUUCCCAAGAACUGAGUCGUCUCACCUAUUAUGCCUCGAAUCACCCAGGAAAGUUGACGAAAUUAGGCAGCGAACUCGAGAAGCGUCUUAGAGUAGAAUGCAGGAAGGCUCGCUCAGGAAAUAUCCGCACAAGAGCGUCUCUCUUGAUAACUCUGGCGAUAUUUCGUGCUCUCGCUACCGAGUGCCGUCGAGACAUUGCUCUCCUUUCUCCCUCUUUGGUGGCCUCAGUUGAUGCAGCUUUAUCUUCUGUUCCCUCUGAUCUCGAGGUCAUAGCAAGGGCCGCUAGCGUCUUCACCGCGUGGACAACCUAUACCAAUGGUCAGCUUAUUGGGGCCGACAGUAACUUUACUCGGGAUUAUCUCUCGGCACUCAGAGGUUUUGCCACAUUGAGUUGUUCUCAGGCGAAAGACCCUGAAAUUCAGAAUCGGAUGCGCCUUGUCGGAUUUGCCGCGCUCACAGGAGCGUUAAGCUCCGAGGCAUUAUACAAUGAUUCUCUUCAGUUUCGCUCCCAAGUUUCUAUCAUCAUGCGCCCCAUUCUAGUCACCAUGUUUCAGACAGGCCUCAAAGUUUUGGACGACCAGGCCGAAGGCGUCAAAAGAGCCCCAUUAUCGCCUUAUCUUUCAGAAUUUCGUACGCGACCAAUCAUCGAGAGACGAGCUGCUUCUAUCCAUCUCCACAUCGACGGAGACAAGGGUCCUUCAAUCUCAGACGUCUCCAGCGCGUGUCUGCGUGCCUUUGUCACUUUGCUGGAACAUGCCAACGGCUUACAAUUAGGAUACAUAAUGCGGUCAUCUUUUGACAAUCUCGAUGAUAUGAAGGGCUGGACCAACCUGCAGCAUUGUUGCUGGUUCGCCCAAAAGACUGCCGAUUGGUCACAAUAUCAAUAUAGAUAUGCUGUUCCAACAUGGCUCGUAGAACGACUCUUACAAGGUCAAGACGAACCUGUCACAAGUUCGAUGCAUAAAGCUCUUACAUUUAUGGUGACGACUGUCUUUAACUCUCCUACGCCUCUCAUCAAUCUUUCUACCUCCGACAUUCUAUCAAACUUAAUGACUAUGGUUGUACGUCGCACGUCCCUUGACCCUGAAGAUUCCCUCCUCCCAGACCUUGUCCGGUGCAUAUCGUCUCUAGGCACUCAUGUCUAUUACUCAGAUCAGAUCCAAGACCUUGCAGUUGAACUGAUCAACAGGCUAACAUUGAUUGAAAUGCAAGGCGUUGUCGUUCGUGGCGGGUCUUCCAGUGGGCAAGUCCGGACAGAAGUCAUUCGUGAAUUACUCGCCGGUCUUUCUGGCCUAGUACAUUCUGCUGACAUCCACGAAUCUUCCGGUAAUGCUGAAUCCAGAAAACGGCCUGAAUCAGUAUCAGCUAAAACAUCCUCUCCUUCUAUUGACGCUACUAAUAAGGACGCUGGCGUCGAUGAAAGAGCAUCCAGGAGGACGAGAGUUUCUUCCGAUAUCUGGCAUGACACUCUGAGCCUGCUGUGCGACAAAGAGUAUGCAGUACGUGUGGAUUACGCGCAGACGUUGGUUUUCUAUCUAGCAAAUGAAAUGCCUAAGCACCCAGACCUAGCCGAUGCCGAUGGUCCUCAUCGGCUGCAGACUGUAAGCAAACAUGUGCUUCUGUAUUCUGGAGACAUUGGUGCCAAGUUUCUUAACGCCCUCCAUGCUUAUAUAUAUAUCCUCGCCACCGCCGCAUCACUAGGCCUUACAUCUAGUCCUUCUAUCUCUUACUCUGCCUCAGUCAAUGGUCACGACCAUGCCGCCCGGUCUGCAGAGCAUCACGUCGAUCACGACCCAAUAGGAGAGUCACUUAUACCCGAUCCUUCAUUUUCCGCUUCCCAGACGCCUCGAUCACGAAAAAUAUCGUUAGCAUUCCGUCUGCUCGAAAGGGCGUCCUCCCAAGUGACAUCCGCUGACUCAGCAUGUUUAUCGGACUACACCCAUAUACUUGACGUCUUAACAACUGUUCACGCACAACUGCCCGUUCGUGGUUUGUUGACCGGUCUGCCAAUGCUAUUAGCAUUAGACGGUGCUACGUGCAAAGACAACGUUGGCGACCCUGCGACCGUUCGUCGGAUUAACACAAUGAAGGCCGUCCUUGCAAAACUCUGGUUGCUGUUAGGGUCUCAAUGGGAUUGUAGGCAACUAGUGGAUGUGGCCGAGAAGGCCUUAACGAAUGUGCCUAAAUUAUCAAAGUUGCCUACGAAUCAGCCCUGGGAUAUAGGGACGUAUCAUUCAGCGCCACAGUCUGUACAUUUUUCUUCGGAAGACGUAUCUUCUGAUGAGCUUGCUUGGUCUGGUGUUGAUGCCGAGACAGCUCUUUCGCUUAUUGUUGCGAACCGGAAUGUGCAAGAAGCGACAGGUCUGGAUAGUCAGAGUCUUCUGCGACGAUUUUCAGUCAAGUGGACAGCCGAAGGGGCAUUGAAGGACUCCUAUAAAAAAUCCACACCGUACGACAAUACGAUACGUGGCGAUGGGAUCUCGCCCCUUCUUAAGAUAUCGCCGGGUUUCAUGCACAUCGAAAACAUGUCACUUCAAAGUCUCGCUCGCUCUACUCGGGGUGUAGGAGUGACAGAGUUACGGGAGGCGCUGGAAGGUCGAAGCAGCAUGUCAAAUCCGGCGUUAGCUUUGGGAGGUCGACCAUCCUCCAUAUCCACACUCGACCACGGCUCGUCUGUGGGGGACAGUCGUUUGACGAAGACACGGUCAAGGACGAAGAAACGUACCAUCACCUCCGGCACGGGGGAAGUGAGAGAUGUUCUCAAUCGGCUGGGGAUUGGUAAACAAAAUGGCAGUCUUUUGAAGGCGUCCUUCCCGACGUUGCAGAAAGAUCCGGCUCGUGUAAGCGGUAGAGGUUGAUCCAUUCUGUGACUGCACAGCACAAACCAUCCACUUCUUAUUUCAGCGUAUUAUUAUUAGCAUUGUUACCUUUGGCUCGGGGGCAUUAUGGAAUGUUGACUAACUAUAAAAUUAUUCCAUGAUAAAUAAUAGUUCGUGUGGUUGACGUUACGAUUAGAGGUUCUACCGUCGCUGUUUAGUUUGUUUUGCUGAUAUUAUCUUACGUCGUGCUUCCUCUUCUAGAUUGGACCAAUACGCUAGCUCUAACUGAGAUUUAGGAUGCGCUGCGAAAAGAUUGCCUUUCUAUUGAGUUUUUUUUCACUGAGGGUGAGUGUCGAAUAUAGUUAGAUGGACAACAUACGCUUAGUCCUUGUAAUAACCUCUCAUACGUGGAUGACUGCGCAAUAGCUUUAGAUAUUGUGUCGCUGAUUUGGUUAAC